AUGGAGCAACCUGACAGUCUGCACUUCUCGAAUGAGCGCGAAAAGGGCGUGCACACUCCGAAUCCACAUUCUACCCCGUCGAGCCCCAAUGGUGCCAACGCAAAUCUCCCUCCCAUCGACGGCGGGAUCAAUGCGUGGCUGUUUCUGGCCGCCUGUUUUGUCAUGGAGGCUCUGGUCUGGGGAUUCGCCUUCACCUAUGGCAUUUUCCAAGAAUAUUACAGCCGUAUGGAGGAGUUCAGGGAUUCUGGAAAUAUCGCGAUUGUGGGAACUUGCGCAAUGGGCAUCAUGUACCUGGACCUGCCUCUGGUCUUUGCCGCCUAUCGACAAUGGCCAAAGUAUCAACGCAUCGGCUGCGCCGCAGGUGUGCUCCUGAUGUGUCUCGCUCUCGGCCUGAGCUCUCUCUCUCAGAAUGUCACCCAUCUCAUCCUCACGCAGGGCAUCUUCUACGCGAUCGGUGGCAGUAUCGCCUAUUCCCCAUGCAUCCUCCUCAUGGAAGAAUGGUUCGACAGACGCAAAGGUCUUGCCUUUGGCGUGAUGUGGGCUGGCACGGGCCUCGGCGGCGUCAUUCUUCCCAUCUGCAUGCAACAACUGCUUGACAAAUACGGUUUCCGGACAGCACUGCGAGCCUUCGCGAUCGCGCUAUUCCUUUUCACCGCGCCGUUGGUCUACUUCGUCAAACCUCGCGGGCCCGUGACCCACAGCCGGCCCAGCCCUGCGCCUCCGAAUCUAAGGUUCCUUUUCACGUCCACCUUCGCCCUCUUCCAGGUGUGCAACAUCGUAGAGGCUCUAGGGUUCUUCUUGCCAUCCCUCUAUCUCCCGACUUACGCCGAGAUGCUCGGCGCAUCAAGCAGUCUGCAAGCGCUAACCGUAAUCUUGUUCAACGUGGCUUCCGUAGGCGGCUGCGUGCUGAUGGGCGCCAUCGUCGACAAAUUCCAUGUGACGACCUGCAUUCUUAUCUCCACCGUUGGAUCUACGAUCGGCGUCUUCCUCAUCUGGGGAUUCUCCCUCUCUCUCGCCCCUCUUUAUGUUUUCUCUGUUGUGUAUGGGCUCUUCGCUGGGUCGUAUACGAGCACCUGGCCUGGUAUCAUGCGCGACGUGGUCCAGAAAAGCCCCUCUGCGGAAUCAAGUGUCGUUUUUGCAUGCCUUGCGGCUGGGCGGGGCGUCGGGAAUGUCGUGUCGGGGCCACUGAGUGAAGCCCUUGUAAAGGGCCUUCCGUGGGAGGGGUCUGUUUCGUAUGGAUACGGAAGUGGGUAUGGGACUCUGAUCGUUUUCACUGGGGUAUCAGGGCUGGUCGGUGGCGGUAGUUACCUCGCGAAGCGUCUGCGGUGGUUAUAA